AGGUCUGCGGGUUGGCUGUUGUUUCCCUUUCCAACAUGGCGACCUCGAUGGCGUUUCACUGCAGCUGAGACAGUCGACUGUUGGGUGGUUUGUCCGUCGUGGUGUUCCGUAGUGGCGGUUAGCGGCUGCAGGAGGUUCGGGGACGAAACAUCAUCCGUUUUAAGGGAUUUUUUAACUCUCCGGCUGCUGCCAUGGAGGAGGUGACGCGCCUGGUGUCGACUGGAGACUGUGUGAAGAUCUGGGAUGCGGUUUCCAUGGCGCCGCUGGAGCAGUUCAACCCCCACAGCAGCAGCCACCCUGUCGCUCGGGCCUGCUGGAGCUCCAACAACCAGUACUUGGUGAGUGCCAGCAGCAGUGGAGACAAACUGGUGGUUUCCAGUCUCAAGUCAACUCCUGUUCCAGUGGUUGAACUGGCUGACGGGAAAAAACAGACCCGUGUGUGUCUGAGUUCCUCAUCUCAAUUUCUGGUCAGUGGAGGUCUGGACCGCUGCGUCCAUAUCUGGGACCUGAAGACCAAGAGGCUGCACCGCUCCCUCAAAGACCACAAAGAAGAAGUAACCUGCGUGUCCUUCAACGCUAACGACAGCUACGUCGCCUCCGGCUCCACCAGCGGUGACCUGGUCCUCCACAGUCUGACCACUAACAUGUCUACUAGAGCCUUUGGCCACGGCAGCAACCAGCCCAUCCAUGACCUCCGGCUGUCCAUGUUGAAGCGCUCCUUGCUGGGAAGCAUCUCUGACAGUGGGACCGUGGUGCUGUGGGACUCCAACACCCAGAGGGAACUACACAUGUUCGACAGCGCCCACAAGGCCCCGGGCUCAGGCUUGGCGUUCUCCCCGACCAGCGACCUGCUCGUCGUCACCGUCGGCCUCGACAAGAAGAUUGUCUGCUAUGACACGGCCAGCAAGAUAGUCCUGCGGGCGAUCCGUGUGGAGAGUCCUCUGACCUCAGUGGACUUCAUGCCGGACGGAACUGGUCUGGUGGUUGGGUCCACUCAGGGGAAGAUCUACCAGUACGACCUGAGAAACUCGAGCACACCCACCAGAAUCACAGUGGCCCACAAAACCUCUGUCACCUGCUUGCGCUUCCAGAGUAACACAAGCAGACAUAAGACCAGUAAACUGGGGUCUGCCAAGAUUUCCAGUACAAAGAGAUCCAGCUCCAAACUGUCCAGCAGCCAGCCAGACCCCGCCUCCAGUACAGGCUCCGCCCCCCACAGACCGGUCACCAGCACAGUGUUUUGUCCAGCAGGAGGCGCCGAUGGGGAGGUGAUGUGUCGUGAGGCUGAAGGCCAACAGUGGCCGGAGCAGCAUCCUCCGGUGGAGAAGUUCGGAAUCGUGGGACGAAACAGUCUGGACAUCUUCUCUCCUGCUCGUGAAGGUCCAGACUCUGGGACCCAGGGUACUCCAUUUGGAAGAUCACAUAGUAACACAGUUACCAGUUUGGAGAUGUUGUCCAGAGAGGGGGAGGGUCAGCAGCUGGUGGGACGGGCCAGUCUGGACAUCUUCUCUCCAGUCAGAGAAGUCUCUCACUCAGGUGGUGGAUCACAGCGUAAGACCCCUCUGGGAACGCAGCUGGGGGCGUCUGCAGGGCGAAGCUGCAGCCCGCUGUCCGUCUUUCAGUCCCCGCUGCCGAUCAAAGAGGAGGAACCAAUCGCCGCUGCCGCUGCUGAACCAUGUGACAGGAAGUCGGACAAGAACAGCAGCUCCAGCAUGGAAGGGGAGCAUCAGACUCCGCCCACCACGUCCCAACAGACCAAUCAGAGUCAGCCGGUCCCGUCUUUUCUUACUCCAGAACCCAGCCUCCGCAGAGCGAACGGGAUUCAGACUCAGCUCAGUUAUGACUCACCUGUCUACGGGGCUCCGCCCACUGCAGCAACUGCAGGUUCAGGUUCAGCCGCGAUGGCAGCGGUGUCCUCCUCGCUGUCCCAGAACAUCGCAGACGUGGUUGGACAAGAUGGAGCCGCUCCGCUUACUUCCCUGCAGAUCCACUUCAUCCAGAACAUGAUACACGAAACGCUGGAGGAGUUCAGGACCUCCUGUCACCAGGACAUCCUCAACCUGCAGGUGGAAAUGAUCCGGCAGUUUUACAUCCAGCUGACGGAGAUCCACGGUCUGAUUGAGAAAUAUUCUGUCAACGAGUCUCUGGUGGAGGAGAUCGAGAGGCUGCGAGAAGAAAACCGCCGGCUCAGAGCGAACUACUGAGCUGCUGCCAUCCAGCCCCACUUCUGUCGACUGAGCCCCGAGUCGAGUCUGACAGGCUACAGUGCCUUUAUCCCAAACUGCUUGUUGUUUGUGUAUCGCUGCCUCAGAGCUACGUCUGUUUCAGUUUCACCUGAAAUGACCAACAGAAAGUUCUGCAUGAAGUGUGGAAAAAACGCCGUAAACCAGCAGUUCAAUUCAAAGUGUUCUGUUAUUGUAAUUUAAUAUUUUGUCUGUCAAUCCCUGAAAAUAUAAGCAGUUUGUCUGUGUGUGUUUUGUGAGUUUAUCAAGAAACAUUUUUGUGUGAAUAAUAAAGACAAAAUUGUGACAAAAA